GACGCGUACACGUUUGAUUUCACUUGAUAGAAAGAUGAAAGCAAAAACUUUACAAAUUCGCUGGCACGAAGACACAUUAGCUAUUUACUCUGUGCACUUUCAACCAGGAAAAACAGGAAGAUUCGCAACUGGAGGUUUAGAUUGCAAUGUUAUGGUAUGGAAACUUAGCAAAAACAAAAAAGCGCUACCACAUGUUAUUUACUUGUCAACUUUGAAACGUCACACGGCUCCAGUAAAUGUAGUCAGAUUUUCACCUAAUGAAGAUUUUUUGGCUUCCGCUGGGGACGAUGGAGUCGUUUGUUUGUGGAAAUUACUGGAACAUAAAGAUUCAACUUGUUCUUUUGGUGAUGAUUCUGAUGAAUCUAGUAAAGAUCCUGAGACCUGGAAAGUAAUUUCACUUCUUAGGGGUUCGCUCUCUGAAAUUACGGACCUUGCGUGGUCGCCGGAUGGAGAGUAUAUAGUUGCAGCUUGUGCAGAGGGUGCAGCUCGCAUUUGGCGCGUGAAAGAUGCGACGUGUGUAUGUAUUUUGAUGGAUCAUAUCAGGAACGUUCAGGGUGUCGCAUGGGAUCCUCUUGGAGAAUAUAUUGCUACUCAAGGUUGCGAUCGGACCGUUCAUAUAUACUCUUAUAGUAUACAUCAAAAUGGUGCUUUUACGGCAACACAUUUUGGCAAGAAUUACAUACUGGAGAUUCCAUGCAAGAACGAUGAUAUUAAAACAACUGUUACCCCUAUCGAUACUCAUGAAAAUCCUUUUUAUAAUUAUUCUUCAAAUGAGGUUUCUGCACCAAGCUCUAUCCUGGAUAAUAGCAAUGCGCUGAAUGAAACGGAUUGUUUAAGCACUUCUGCGCCUAAAGAUACCUCAAAAGAUAAUCAAACAUCUCGGGAAGUUGAUCUUUCGGAGGGUCUCAAGUUUGACGAAGAAUGUUCAAUAGAGUGUUCGGAAGUCUUGGGAUCUAGACAAGCGCAUUAUCCGGCAUCUGUGUUGAAAAACUCGAACAAAGGCACUCAAAGAUCACAUAAAAAACGUUUUCGUUUGUACUGUGAAGAAGCGGUUAACACUUUUUUCAGACGGUUAACUUUCACUCCUGACGGAGGGCUCUUGGUGACGCCAGCUGGUCAGUACAGAGAAUCUAUUAUUGACUUGAUACAAAGCAAAGAAAGUAAAGUUCGCGCAGAUAACGCUAUGCGAAAUACUGUUUAUUUGUUUGCCCGAAACAGAUUGGGCAGAUCGCCCGUUGCCUUUUUAUCGGGAUAUAGGAAACCCUCUGUUGUGGUUAAAUGUAGUCCUAUAUUUUACAAGUUACGGUUUGAUCGACAAGAUUGUCAGGUACAACAUGAAAUGAGUGCAUCAUCGAAUAAUUCCAGUAGUAAUAUAAACAGCACGCCGCCUUCUCGCCAUCGCGUUGUACCUUUGUUUGAUUUACCUUAUCGAAUAAUAUAUGCUGUCGCGACUCAAGAUUCGAUUUUCAUAUACGACACGGAGCAGUGUAGUCCGCUAGUGAUGGCGACUAAUUUACAUUAUGCUUCAAUCUCGGAUUUGGAUUGGUAA